UGCAUAGUGCAUCAGAAGGAAUGGUUACAGGAAGAUCUCAGGGUCUUCUUCAUUUUUUCCUCCUCUUUUUUCGUUCUGUUUGUUGUUGGGGGGAAGCUUGAUGCGUUGCAGCCUUGUUGUUCUCUGUUCUUCCAAUGAUACAAAGGAGAAAAAAAAAAAGCAAAUCCAGGCUGUAAAGUCUGAGUUUGAAACAAGGAAAUGAAAUCCAAGAGGAGAGAUAAGUCUGAUAUCUGAGGAUAAAAGCAAACCAAUACAUGGAAACUUUGGAACUGUUGAUUAGUAAUUUUCAGCUCUAUUCAUGGAAGCAAAGCCAGCUAUUGCUUCAUAGCUUUCAUGAGUCUUCUAGUCUGUAAAAGGUUACAGUUGUGACAACUAUGUUUCUAAUUUACUCAUUUUUAGAACAAAUGGCAUUUUGGUACAUCUCUUGUUUGUAGCAUGCAGGGUGCCGUAGUUCAUCAAAAGGAGAAAAGGAGCAUAAAAGGAGGAUGGGAAAGCAGAGAAAUGAAGUCCAUCAGGAGUUACACCCAAGGGAAAGAGCAGAAGUAGAAAUAAUUGAUAAUGUUUGGAAUUGGAAAAGGAUAAAAAGCAGCAGCAACAAAUGCUACUGUAGGCGUUGGAAUGAAAAUAAUGUUUUUGAGAUUGUCUUGUGUUUUUAUAUGUCUGUUUAAUGGAGAAAGGAAUUGAAAGUCAAAUUCAAGAUGGAGAAGAAGCAUUAGAAUCUAGGGGGAGUAAGAAUGAAAAGAGCUGAGUCGCAGUAAAGGUAAACAGCUGAGCAGUGGAUGCAUUUAACUAACAUUCUAAGUAUUUAUAUUUUUGCAGAUCCGAUUAUUGAGAAGCAAACGUAUUUCACACUGCAUUAUCUGUACAGUAUCUUAAGGUCUUUAGUGACCAGUUGAAUAAAAGAGUAUCCUAAGUUUACAAGUCCUUUAAACUCUGAGCCCCUGUCACAUAUAUUAUGAUAUCCUGAACUUCUUCUGUCCCUCAGAGAGAUCCCAUUAUGAUGACCCAGGGGGCAUCCAAUGGCACUGCUCAAUGCCUUUGGUGCUGCCAGGUGCCUCAGUGAACAGCAGAGUUCUGCCUGUUUUCAUCAGGGGGCCUAACCUGAGCCCUCCUCUGCAUGACUUACAGCUCCCGGGGAAGUUGGAUGGAUAUGGAUCUCUUUCAGACUCUUGUACUGCUAUUUCAAAUUGUCUAAUGAGCUCAGAACUUAGGUACAGGCUCAUACGUAAGUUAAAGUACAAAGAUGGUUUCAUUCUGGAUUGAAGAUACGAACUGUCACUUGGGUGUUUUAUGAAGUCUUUGAUGCUUAUCUGGUAGUGCCCAUCUUUGAACUGUGGAAGGGAACAGGUGGAUGAAAACAGUUAAGUACCAAGUGCUCAUGCACUGCACUCUGCAGGAGUAAGGAAGACCCGUAAGCAUAUGCUUCUCUUCUGCAAACCACUGUUUGGUGUAAAAUGCAGAGGGGCAGUAGCUGUGGUGGUCAUGUUAGGUAAGGGCAGCAAGAUGCCGCUUGGUUAAUGGGCAGGAAGUCCAUGAAAUUUAAUGAUAGCCAUCAUAACUGAGGGCAGAACAGCCUGCUCUAUAGCCAUCUUGGAUAAGGUAAAUGGAAGGGAGGUGACUUGUAUUUGUCCCCAAAAGAACUGGUGUUUGUUUCAGAAACGUGAGUUAGAACUUCUGCACAUACCUGCCAAACAUCUGGAUUUUGGAUUGAGUGUAUGAGCUUGAAGGAAAAAUCCUUUAGUUCUGAUGACUUACUGAAAAAUAAGAUCUUCUGUUGAAGGGUGCUUGCUCAGAAUUCUGAAUUAACUGUGACUGCCUAAAGGAGGGAAACAGUGAGCAUCAUUAUGGACAACUCCGUUCAUAUUUCUGAAUAUCAUGUAAUGGUGAUCUAGAGGGCUACCAAAACAUUGUUAGGUUAAGGUUCUUAUUGAGGUGUUGUUGUGAAAUAAUUGCUUGGUGGGAGGUCUUGGCUCAAGAUAAGCUGUUAGGUUUGGAAGGAAUGAGGUGUGCUGUGUGAAAGACGUUCCGUUUGCAAUGUAAAAAGUAAGAUGCAAAUUGAAAAUGAAAACACAAUUUAAAAAAAGUUGAAGGUGUGCAGUUUUCUAUUGAAUUUCUCAUCCCUGGAACAUCAGCAGUUUGCUAAAUUGGUUUUUCAUUAAUUUCCAGAAGCACAACAAACUGUGUGGGUAAUUGCACUAUCUGCAGCCGUACCAAACUUUAAAACAUGACUGUCUAUAAAGGCAUUUACUGUCAUGUAGGGCAAAAUGGGAACAUAAAGCAAAGUUUGGACUUGUAUCCACAUCCCAAUGUGACGUAUUUUGCCAAGGAAGCUUUCCUCAGAAGCAGCAGAAUUAAGCUGAACUGUAAAAAAGUGACAAAUCGUUUCAGAGCAGUAGAUUCUUGUGAAUGUGUCGGUUUGGAUGGUAACGGAUUAUGGUGUUAAAGUUCAUAGCAAUCACUUCUUGUCCGCUAGAGGGCUGGGGGAAGACUAGCUGGCUCACACUCAGUUUGCUGAUCUGUAGUUGCUUUUUAGGUGCAGUGACUGAAAAUACAUUAUUCUUGAGUGGGACAAGUGGUCUCACAAAAUGAGUUGAACAAGGAAUGGUGAUACUGCUGUGACAACGUGGUGAUUCUCUGGGCAGUUUGUUAAAAUAUACUGCUUGUGGUUCUCAAUAAAGUGUACAGUAUUCUGAGCGUGCAUGAUAGCGUGCAUCUUUGGACAGCCACGGCACUGAAUGGCGUCGUUUCAGGCACAUCAGUACAGCAAUAAUGCUAUUGGAAUUUUCAGCUAUGUGUUGUUUGUAGGAGCUGCUGAAUGCGUAUGUGUGCAUUCUACACGUUUCCUCUAGCAGUGUAUUUCUGUCAUUGCAUGAGAAGUAAAUGGAGCAAGAAUGACCCCUCUCAAUGAUCUGUACUGGAAAAUAACAACAGGUAUUAGCUAAUAGCUUACUUGCUAUUUCAUGAUUGUGUUAAAAAAGAGCCAAAUUAUCCUAAAUAAAGACCUUUGAAAAAACAAAGCCUGGGAUAUAUCUAAGAGCUAACUUACCUUUCAGCUUUGCCUGCGAACUUUGCUGCUCAGUGUUUGAAGUGCUGUGUGUGAGCAGCUUUUGUCAAAGAUUCGGGGUGGUCACACUGCUGUGUGAGUGAAAAGAAUCUGACUGCUGAUCUUUGCUUCCAGCUGCAGUGGUCACAGAAUAGUUGUAUAAGUUUACAAGGCUCCUCCUUCAGUCUCUGCAACUGCUGUUCAAAAGCAUAUCUUAUAGUUUAUAAUAUCAAUAAUGCUAUCAAUAAAGCUAUUGGUAACAUAGGUUGCUUGAAAAAUAAGAAAAAAAUGUUAAAAACAAACUGCUAUUUCUUUGUAUGUAAGUGCAUUUUAUUAGACCUUGUUUUCCAGUACAAAUUAAGUAUGGCUUUAAAUUACAAUCUGAAGGCAGGGGGGGCGGUGAGGUGAUGAGGAGAUGUUUAUCCAGUUCUUUGGGGCUGUUCAGUGGAAAGGCACAGUUUGCUCAGUCACUGCCUGCUGAAGCUAUGGGAAUUGGGCAGCCAGCACAACCUGUGCUGCUAUGUGGUGGAAAGCAUCCUGCUGGGAGGUGGGAUAGAGCAGUAGAGACAGCAGUCGUAGUUGAAAAAGGGUGGGAGAAAGCAAGAUAAACUCAAAUGCUGAAUGGCUUGGACUUGUCCUGCUUAGGUCUAUACUUGUUUUUAUUCAAGGAACUGUUGUGACAGAGUAUGCUUUUUCUAGAAGAUAAUCUCAUCCAAACCCUGCAGAAUGAAAAGAUGACUGCAUAACUAAGACAGGCUUCAGAGAGCUUUGUAAGCAAACCAAUAGCAGAGCUGUACAGGUGUAAGUGCAACUUGUAGCAAAGCAUUCUCUGUUGAUUGAUUUCCAGCUUUGAAGUUUGUCCUGUGCUAAUCUGACCCAGUAAAAGUUUCCUGAUAGAGACAAGAGUCCCAGUUCUGAACAUGACAAUACUUAAAAUGCUUGCAGGAAUAUUUUAAUUCUUGGACAACGGACAUUCAUUCUCAACCAACAAAGAUAACCACAUUUUACCAAGGCAAAAAGGUAUCUGAAUUGUCUGGGCAAAACUCAGUGUGAACUGAUGGAGUAUGUAGGGAUCAGGGGAUCUCGGGGAGGUGAGAAUGCUUCUUCCUCAAAGAUCAUCACUGUUCUCCAAACCUUUUCCUGCCAAAAGAUUACUCCUGGUAAGCAUCCAGUGCAGGUAAGUUACUGACUGACGUUGAACAAAAUGAGCAGGGAACAUCAGUCAGAGAAAUACUUCAUUCUCUUCAGUUUGUGUGUCUACAAUUACAAUCUAAGGGAAUACUUUUUUUUUUUUUCCCCACAUGUGGAAAGAUAAAAAUAGAGGAGACUAAAUAAUAACAGAUAUAUAAUAAUAACUGCUGUUAUUUUGUUGCAGCAAUGAUAGCAAGAAUAUAAGCCAGGGAAGGUGUGUAAGAAGCCAUGACAUGUCACUUAGUUUAAGAUACUAAGAGCUCUUAGCCAGGCCCUGUUUCAGCUCCUACAUGGGACCAGUACUGCGGUAGAAUCACUGCCAGAACUUUGACUUGAUGAACCCAAGCCUCAGUCUUGUGUUAUUCUGUAAAAGGCUGCUAUGCAGAACCUGGGAGUGAGCAAACCUGUAGCAGUUACUGAGUUUGAAAUGGCAGGAAGGAACAAGAGCUGAAGCAGCUGCAGAGCCUUCCUGCACAGCCACUAACGCUGCCGUAUCUUACUGUGGAUCUGCAGUUCGCUUUGCCACUAAUGGCUUAUGGUAACUGCAGGCUGCUGUGUCUUAAGCCAUUACAAUGAUAACGUGAUUUUGCCUGAGUUACACGUUUGUUCCUCUUUGUCUAGGAAAUUGCGAUAAAGAUGAAAGCAUCCUUUAGUUUCUUACGGUUUUAUUCUGAUAGUUAACCAAAUGUUGCUAAUGAGUCUUUAAGGAAGAAGCGCGUUCCAAUACUCCUGCGUCUCCCAUUAAGGACGUACAGCCGCGUUAGCUCGGCGGUAAUAUCUACGGCUCCUGCGUGGGAGAAAGGGUAGCCGGGCCGCUUCUGCUGCAGGGAAGCUUUGCACGUAGCAGCCAGUCUGAAGUCCGGUGGGAAGCUAAGGCUUACAGGCCAGGAGAGGCUCGCUGUUUGUUGCCCGCUCCAUGCGGUGCUCGGCGCUGCGCACGACGUGCUGCCGUCCCGGCGCUGCCUGCCGCUCGCUCGGUGCCUCCCCGCUCCCAGCGCCGGCCCCGGAGCUCCGCACACCCCCGGCGGUGGUUCGGCUCUCGGCGCCGCUCGCCCCCUCCCCUCCGGCGCCCCGUGGUCUCUCCCGGCGGAGGCGGUGCGCGGUCACGUGGCUCCCGGCGGCGGGGCCGGGCGAGGCGGCGGUGCCGCGGGGCGGGGGCAGCGCCAUGGCGCUACGGGAGCGGGGCGCGGGUGGCGCCGCGGAGGCCGGGGAGGAUGCGGCGGAGGGGCCGGACCGGGGCCUGCCGCUGCUGCCCUGGGACCGCUUCUCGGCCUGGCUGCACUGCGUGUGCGUGGUGGGCUUCGACCUGGAGCUGGGCCAGGCGGUGGAGGUAAUAUAUCCUCCACAUUCAAAGCUCACCGACAAAGAGAAAACCAAUAUUUGCUACUUAUCUUUUCCAGAUUCCAACUCAGGUUGUCUUGGCGACACGCAGUUUUGCUUUAGAUUUCGACGGUCUUCUGGAAGGAAAGCUUCUGUGUGUUGUUUCCUGGACCACUUGGAUAGAGAUCUACCAGUGUACUUAAAGAAAGAUCCAGCGUAUUACUAUGGCUAUGUGUAUUUCAGACAAGUUCGAGAUAAAUCAUUAAAAAGGGGCUAUUUUCAGAAGUCACUGGUCCUCAUCAGCAAGCUGCCAUACGUCCAUCUCUUUCGCACCGUGCUUAAGCAAAUAGCACCGGAAUAUUUUGAAAAAAGUGAGGCUUUCCUGGAAGCAGUCUGCAGCGAUGUUGAUCGUUGGCCACCACCAAUUCCAGGGGAAGUACUACACUUGCCUAUUAUGGGUGUCGUAAUGAAGCUGCGAGUUCCAACAUAUCGUGACAAGCCUGGAACGACCCCGAUAGUACAGAAUAUGCACCAGGCAGAUGCUCAGAUCUCUAUGACCUUACCAACUGUUCAUGAAGUAGAUCUUUUCAGGUGUUUCUGUCCAGUGUUCUUUCACAUUCAGAUGCUGUGGGAACUGGUGCUGCUGGGGGAGCCGCUUGUUGUCAUGGCACCAUCGCCAGCAGAAUCUUCAGAAACCGUGUUGGCACUCGUGAGUUGUAUUUCGCCAUUAAAGUACUGCAGUGAUUUCAGGCCGUACUUUACCAUACACGACAGUGAAUUCAAAGAAUACACAACCCGCACACAAGCUCCACCAUCUGUUAUUCUAGGGGUGACAAAUCCUUUUUUUGCAAAAACUCUCCAGCACUGGCCCCACAUCAUCAGGAUUGGAGAUAUUAAGCUUCCAGGUGAUGUUCCAAAGCAGGUGAAAGUGAAAAAACUGAAGAACUUAAAAACUUUGGACUCCAAACCUGGUGUUUAUACCUCUUAUAAGCCAUACUUGAACAAAGACGAAGAAAUUGUUAAACAGUUACAAAAGGGUGUACAGCAGAAACGUCCUACAGAAGCACAAAGCGCGAUUCUUCGGCGGUAUUUUUUGGAAUUGACAGAAAGUUUCAUUAUUCCUUUAGAACGUUACGUGGCAAGCCUAAUGCCUUUGCAAAAAUGUAUAUCACCAUGGAAGAGUCCACCACAGCUGAGGCAUUUUAGCCAGGAUGAUUUCAUGAAGACGCUGGAAAAAGCAGGACCACAGCUCACCUCUGGUUUAAAAGGAGACUGGAUAGGACUUUACAGGCAUUUUUUGAAAUCACCGAACUUCGAUGGCUGGUUCAGAAGCCGGCAAAAAGAAAUGACGCAGAAGCUGGAGGCACUUCAUUUGGAAGCACUCUGCAAUGAGAACUUGGUUUUCUGGAGUCAGAAGCAUUCUGAAGUAGAAACAGUUGAUCUGGUCUUGAAGUUAAAGAAUAAACUGUUGCAGGCUGACAGAGAACAUCUUCCUGUGAAAACUGAUACACUGAAGAAGCUGCAGGCACACAUCCGUGAUAUUAUACUCGCACUUCCAGAUGACUUGCAGGACAUCUUGCUCAAAACUGGCACAACGUGAUUCCUGCUGCUGUGUGUCUGUGUGUGUGUGCAGGAAACAGGUGAAUGUAGUAUCACAGAAGACAGUGGCUUACAAAGUUCAGGACGAAGAUCUAACCAGUACAGUAACACUACAAAUGGACUUUAUGACUGCUAUGGUCCACUGUAACAUUCUCACUGUUUUUCCCACUUAAGUACCAGUGCAACUAAAGGAAUUCCUGUGUCUAAUAAUGUUUGAAAUAAGUGCUCUUAAAGACAAAUCCGUGGCAUCUGAAGCUAUUCCACGGUGUAGGACCACAGUGCAGUGCUGGCACUGCAGAAUGUUUUCUAAUUGGUGCUGCUAUACCCAGUGCUGUUAACUCAGGGGUAAGCAAUAUUGAUCCUGUACUGUCCUGUUGAUGUAGUAUCUGAUUGCUUUCCUUUUAAAAAAAACAAAAAACAAACUGGCAUAAUAUGUGACUUGGUCAGUACACCAAGUUAUACUGGGGUAUUUUACUGGUAAACCAUCAACAGCUUAUGAAACUGUUUCAGAGACAGCUGAAAUAAUCAGAAUGGUUCUUAACUGUAUCUUCCUUUCACCUUCUGAUCCUCUUUCCAAAGACCAAAUUAAUUUAGCAUCUUUAAAGAAGAGAAGGCAGCUGACAAACAUUGCCCGAAGAGAAAUUGCUUCCAUUUGAUGUUGGUUAAUUAGGGUGCUUUUGCUCAAAUGCCUUAAACAAAUAUCAAAUAGCUGUAUACCAGUUUGUGGUUUUAAACUGCUGAUGUUCAGGAUUUAAAGUGGCUCACUAGUGUAAAUGUAUUCAUCACAGUGAACAGAUUGUCGUUCUAAUACAGAAUUUAACACCAGUGAUUUCAGUAGUUAGCCAGUACACAGACUGUUUCAGCUGGAGACCAUGGUCAGCCUCUGUCAGAAAUUUUUAUAAAUAUAUAUUUUUUAUUUUCUAGGUUUUAAUUUUUACUUACAGCAAUAGGGUCAGUGAGGAGCUAAUGGGGUGGGGAGAAGAGGAUGCUGACUUUAGCUGACAAAAGCCUAUGGAGAGGUCAAACUGUGGCAAGGGAAGAUUGUAGAGGGACAUUAUUUAUGGUAUAUGCACAUAGCAGAUGUGCAUGAAAAAGUAGUGUUCUGUACUAAGCAACAAUUGUGAUGUUUAUCUUCUUGAGCAAGAUUCAGUGGCAUAUUCGGACUCAGCUGCUCUACAUGCAGGGUUAUACCUUGACCAGUUUCAUGUAGAAUAAACUUGAUGCUAUCGUGGACGCACAGCAUACACUUACACGACGAGUGGAUCAGUUAUCAAAAAAAUCUACUUUUAAGUGCUUGGAUGGAGUUUUUAAAAACACAUGACCUUGUAAUCCCGCUAUAGGAAAAUGCUUUUGUAUAAUAAGUAUUUCAUACCAUCUUUCUAAAAAUGUCUUAUUUCGAUACAAAGUGUCGUGACUAUUUUUAUGAAAAUGUGUAUUUUAAUACUGUUAUGGUUUGUAUACAGUUAUUCAUGACAAAAAGUUGUAUGUAGGUAUCAUGUUACUUAAACUGCACCACUUCAGCAUUAACUUCUAACUUGGAAUUUUGUUUGCACAUCCUGAUGAAUAUAAUUUCUAAUUCAGAAAUUACUAAGUGGCCAUUCUUAACAUAAAGCUAACCUGGAGCACUGUGUAGUUCCUUGGAACAAUGUAACCUGGUAACAACCACGAUCAAUAUUAUCACAUGACUGCAAUACUUAUUUUUGUAAAAGAAAAUAAAGAGUUUCAGUUUUUGGAAGUUA